UCUUCUUACUAGGGUUUCAUCGCGAUCAUUCUUCUUGCUACGCGUUUCUUUUUCUUCUCCGCUCCAGGAAUCUCUCCACAAUGUCCACCAAGUUCGAAAAGAAAUCAAAGAGGAAAUUCGAAAUGAAACCCAAGUGCUUUCGUGUAAGAUCACGAAAUCCUAGGACUAGUGCGAUGUACCAUUAUCAACACGUCGGUCCCUAUGAUUGGUUACCUAUUCCCAAAGAGCUAUACCCUGCGUACCUGGCUGAUAUUGCUGCGGCUGCAAAGGCUCGUGCUGAGGGGAAGCCCAUAGACAAAAACAUUUGGAAUAAGUACUUUCGAGUGAAACCGGUAGUGCACAGGUCCAAACCCCUUGCCAAUUGGAAACAGCUGGAUGACUAUUGGAGAGAGAGAGAUGCUGCUCGUGUCAAGGCUAACGCUUUAAAGAGGAAGAUGAAAAAGGCUUAUCACAUGAAAAAGGAGCAGCCGUUAUUAAACAAAACUGAAUUGAUGACAGAAUUUGCUCGUGUCGUGGCUAACGCUUUAAAGAGGAAGGAGAAAGAGGCUUAUCCCAUGAAAAAGGAGCAGCAGUUAUUAGACGAAACUAAAUUGACAGAUUUUGCCCGUUUCCGGCUAACGCUUUAAAGAGGAAGAAGAAAGAGGCUUAUCACAUGAAAAAGGAGCAGCAGUUAUUAAAGGAAUGUGUUUGAGGGUAAUGUCAUGCUAGCUUAUUUUGUUGGUUAAAUAAUUGUCUUGUAUCUCUGAGUGUUGGAACUUGCCUCUAUAAUGACUAUUUUCUGCAUGUAAAUAAGGCUUAUAACAGAAAAAAGGAGCUGUUAUAAAAGCAAUGUUUUAAGAGUGUAAUGUCAUGCUAGCUUAUAUUGUUGGUUAAAUAAUUGUCUUGUCUGAGUGUUGGAACUAGCAUCUAUGGUGUAUGUAGAAUGACUUUUUUCUGCAUGUUUCUAUUUUGAAGAACAAUUUCUACA